AUGUUGAACUCUAAGUAUGCUAGCGCAAAUAGAGGAAAAUCCAAGGGUACCGAAAGAGCACAAAAGUAUGCAUUGAAUGAUUUGCAUAAGAGUUUGGGGUUAGAUGAACCUAACUUGGGGUUAGAUGAACCUAAUACACAUUACCAGAAUCCUAGUGGAGAGCCAACGCCAGUAAAAUACAAUGAGAACGAAUAUCAUGAUGAGGAUAUGAUGGAUUUGGAUGAUGAAAAGGAAGUGUCAUUGGUCUCUGAUAUGAUUAUAGAUCAUAGAAGUCAUCACGAAUAUCGAGGUAACGAACCUAUGGACUUGGAUUUAGCACCGACGGAUCAGAUAUCUAUGUCCCAAAAUCCGACAAAGAAAAGUGUCUUUGUCGUGGAUACUAAUUUUAUCGUUUCUCAUUUGAAUACUCUAGAGCAAUUAAGAUUGUUGAGCACACAGUAUAACCAUCAGAUCCUUAUACCAACCACUGUUAUCCAAGAGCUUGAUGGGUUGAAAAACUCUGGAAAAUCCGCAGCUUCAGGAUCAUCUAACAGUGAUUACCAAAAUUUAGGUAAGUUGGCAAGGGCUGCUAAUGAUUGGAUUUAUGGACAUUUGGCCAAUCUAGAGUCAUCAGUGGCGGUCCAGAAACUGAAUCAACGGCAUAAGUAUAACUUAGUGAAAGAUGACGCUAUACUUGAGUGUUGCUUGUAUUUCGCAAACACUUUACAUAAUUUUGUGAUAUUAUUGUCCAAUGACAAGAAUCUUUGUCUUCGGGCAUUAACAGAGCAAAUAUUGACGGUUUCUUAUCGCAAAGGGAUGUCUGCUAACCUAAUUGCCUCUAAGGUGUAUCAGGAGAAGGUAGCGAAAAAUGGCAGUGAUAUUAAUCCACAGUAUGCACAACAAAUUGGAUAUUCUAUUUCAGAUAGAGACAUCCAACAUCAUGAAAAAUUCGGUGAGAUGUUCCAAGAAUUGGCCGUUCAGGCAUACCAUGAGUUUUUGGCCACUGUUAUCAAGGCCGUAGACCAUACUAUGAUAGAUAUAUAUGGUGAAGAUUUGAGCUUUACAUCAUAUGAUAAGGAUGAAAUGAUUGAUUUCGUUACGGUGGGGAAAACAGUUCAUAAUCAUUACACGGCUGUCUUCUCAGAGUUUUUUAAAGGAUCGCCAUUCAAAAAAAAUGAUUGGAAACAUCUACCUGAUGAGCUGACAGCCAUUCCGCUGAACCCGAUCUAUUUAAAAACCUUUGUCACUUUUUGGUCUAACGUUAUAGAAUAUCUUUAUCCCAAAGAAUUUAGCGUUGAGGGGAGAGCAUCGAGAAGUUUCAUUAAUGACUGGAUUCUUAAAUGCUCCGCUUUUGAUUUACCGUAG